AUGUACGAGGUGAAAUCUGCCGAAGAGGAUCUCCAGCCGCAGUAUUUCCUCCCUCAUCACGCUGUCAUGAAGCCAGAGAGUACCAUGACAAAGAUGCGCGUUGUUUUCGAUGCGUCGUGCCGUUCCAAGUCGGGCCUGUCGCUCAACGAUGUUCUUCUCUCCGGGCCAACCAUCCAAGAUACUCUGGUCACAAUCGUUUUACGCUUCAGAUUCCACAACUACGUCGUCUCAGCUGACAUUGAGAAGAUGUACCGUCAAGUCAUGGUCCACGAGUCAGACCAACCUUUCCAGCGAAUUCUGUGGCAUGACGAUCCUGUUCUCCCGCUCAAGGUGUUUCAACUUCGCACUGUCACCUACGGCACCAGUAGUGCCCCGUUUCUUGCGACCAGAGUAUUGUCGAAGCUCGCCGACGAUGAAGAGAAGACAUUCCCGCUCGCCGCAUCUGCCGUACGUCACGACUUCUACGUGGACAACCUACUCACAGGUUCCGACAACGCUGGUACUCUCGCGAGCAUUUCCAGGGAGAUUAUUGCAAUGCUAGCAUCUGCAGGUCUUCCUCUCCGCCAGUGGUCAUCCAAUUCCGUAGCUGUGUUAGACGGAAUUCCACCAGAGCUGCGAGAUACUGCAACAUUGCGCGACUUGGACGACGACUUCUCCGUGACAGCACUUGGCCUUCGUUGGGUGCCAGAAUCGGAUAACCUUCUCUUCAAGACUCCAAAGUGGAAGGAACACGCAACGCCAACUAAGAGAACGGUACUUUCCGACAUCAGCAGCCUUUUUGAUCCACUGGGGUUGAUUGGUCCGACGAUUGCCAGGGCUAAAAUCAAGCUUCAAGGAUUGUGGAAGCUGCAGCUUGACUGGGACACACCAGUACCCGAUCAGUUCGCCCACGAUUGGACCUGUUUUCGGCAGAAACUCAUCGCACUCGUACAUGUUCGUGUUCCACGUCACGUUCUUCGUCCGGGUUACACACGCCUGGAGAUUCAUGGCUUCAGCGAUGCUUCGGAGGACGCCUAUGGCGCAUGCAUAUAUCUUCGCUCCGUUUUCGCUGCUGGAACGUGUACCGUACGUCUUCUCAGCGCAAAGAUCAAAGUUGCUCCGAUCCAAACGACGACUAUUCCUCGCCUUGAGUUGUACGCAGCGCAGCUCCUCUCCAGACUUCUCACGAAGGUUUUGGACAGCGUCGACGUUUCAGCAACGACAUACCUGUGGACUGAUUCAACGAUCGUGCUGAACUGGAUCUUGGCCACACCGUCAACCUGGAAGACGUUUGUAGCGAACCGUGUGGCAGAAAUACAAGAGCUCACGUCUCAUGCUGUGUGGCACCACGUCCCGUCAGAAGAUAAUCUCGCAGAUUUAAUCUCCCGUGGAAAAGACCUCGAUGAACUUCUCGACGCUUCGUUGUGGUGGAACGGACCGACGUGGUUGCACUCCGAGACUUCUCUGUGGCCCGAAACCGUACCCUAUUCCAGAGCUACCACGGAGAUUCUUGAGACUCGUAAGACAGUGGCCCUUCCAGUUGCUGACCAAGAACCACCCGAUAUCAUCGAUCGCUACCACAGCAUUCGUCAAGUGCUCCGAGUGGCUGCCCUCCUCUGGCGAUUCUGCGAAAACUGUCGUCGUCACGCACAAAACCAACCACGCGUUGUUGGACCGCUGACUCCCGAAGACAUCGACCACGCCUUGCUGAUGCUGAUUCGCAGAGUCCAAGGGCAGUGCUUUGACAUCGAGAUACGGCAGCUCACUAGUUCUGGCCAGGUGGACAGAAAGUCGAAGCUCCGUUUCCUACAUCCCCAGAUUGUGGACGGAAUAAUCCGAGUUGGCGGCCGGUUGCACUUCGCGCGAAUAUCGAUCGACGAGAGACAUCCCAUCGUGCUACCUGCUAACCAUCGACUCACUGAGAUGAUCUGUCGACGAGAGCACCUCAAGACGCUGCACGCUGGUCCAGGAUUGCUGCUUUCGUCCCUCCGUCAGAGAUUUUGGCCUCUUGGCGGUCGGAACCUUGUGCGAAAGGUCGUUCAUCGAUGCGUCACGUGUACGCGAGCCAAACCUCAGUCGUUGCAGCAGCUGAUGGGCAACCUUCCACCAGUUCGGGUCAACCAGGCGUACCCAUUCCAAAACGUUGGUGUCGACCUUGCUGGGCCAUUCUACGUUCGAACCGCGUUAAGGAACAAACGAACACCGUUUUUCAAGGCCUACAUUGUGGUGUACGUCUGUAUGGCUACAAAAGCUGCGCAUCUCGACCUCGUCACCGAUCUGACGACCGCAGCAUUCAUCGCCAGCCUUCGUCGAUUCGUCAGUCGAAGGGGAAAGCCGAGCCACAUCUUCUGCGAUAAUGCGACCAACUUCGUCGGUGCACAGCGACAGCUAGGGGAACUGAGGAAACUCUUCCAGUCCCAACACCAUCAGGAUGCUGUAGCCAGAGAGUGCACGGAUGAUGGAAUCGAAUUCCACUUCAUUCCGCCCCGCUCGCCGUCGUUUGGAGGAAUCUGGGAGGCAUGCGUGAAGUCCGCCAAGAUGCAUCUGCGCAGGAUUUUUGGAAAUGCCCAUUUGACCGAGACCGAACUCCAGACAGCUCGGUGCCAAGUUGAAACAAUGCUUAACUCUUGUCCGAUUACGCUAAUGCCAGGCGCUCCAACAGACGAACUCUCGCUGACUCCAGGACACUUCCUGAUCGGUCGGCCGCUUAACGCGCUGCCUGAUCCCGAUAAGACUAGCAUCUCAGAGAAUCGUUUGUCUCGCUGGGAACGAGUUCAGCAGUUGUCGCAGCAUUUUUGGAACCGCUGGCAUACUGAAUACCUCACCACACUGCAACAUCGAUACCGGUGGACUGAAGCAUUGGAUAACCUUGCCGUUGGGUCCAUCGUCGUCUUGAAGGAUGAACAGCUACCACCGCAGAAGUGGGCCCUGGGUCGCGUGCUUAGCGUGCAUCCCGGUACCGAUGGCCGUGUUCGAGUAGCCACCGUGAAGACCAGCUCCGGAAUCAUGCAACGUGCGAUCUCUAAGCUGUGCCUGCUUCCUGUUGGGAUCGAUCCGGAAUCCGUUUCACCGACGCCAGAACUAGCUGGUCCUAGCUCAGGGUGA